CAAAAAAGCGCGCCGUUCCCAUUCUGCUUAACCCUCGCCACGGCAUCAGUUCAAAUUGCUGCUUGAAACGAAAAGAUUUAUCGAUUUUCUCCGUGUUGUUUUGUCAGGGAGAGGGAGAGAGACAGUGAGAAAGGGGGUAAAAUGGACGUCGCGGAAGCUGGGUCUUCACUCGAUUCUUUAGUAUCAUCAUUCAACGCUCGCAUAGCGGAGAUUCAACAGCUUGUUGUAGCUCGGAACAUGUAUCCAGCGAGCAGCAUUUCAGAUUUGUCAGCUGUUGACUCUGUACUGACGGCCUUGGAGCUACAGCUCCACAAAAUAAAAAUCCGGAUGCGUGAAGAAACUGAAGCCAUCCCCAAAGCCAAGAAGCUGAUAGAGGCAUCGCUGCGGCAGCAAAAGAAAUUGCAAAAGUUGUCUGCUGUUGUUCCAUCAUAUGUUCCUCAUAGAGUGACCAAAAUAACCGAGGAUGCUACUAAAUGUGUACGUCCAGAGCCCAGCGGUGAGGAUCUUGGUUUUGUGUCUAUGCAACUUGAGGAACCUGCACCCAAGGAGAAAAAAGGCCGUGCCUCCCCGCCACUGUUCUACGUUAAUGCUGAUGAACUGAAUUCAGUACCACCGUAUAUGAAACAACGACUCACUUUGGAAAAAGUCAAUGCAGCAAUAGAUGACAUGGCUACUUACGCUGAAGCAACUGCUCAGCUUCUCAAGGCCCCUCAUAGAAAGCUCACAGAAAAUCUUGUGGAGAGAGCCAUGGAACUAAAAGAAAUUGCAGCAACAGAAGCAGUUAAAGGAAAGCAUUUCUUUCUUGAAAGUGACAUCAAAGGACCUUCACUGAAGCAUGACCAUACUGGGAGAGCAAUACUAACUGUCCUCCGACACCUUGGUCGUAUAAGUGAAACGCGAGUUGGUCAUCACCGUGUGAUUCUACUUUUGAGGCCCCACUGAGUUUCAACUUGAUCAGGUAGUUAGGUACACACCUGCAUGCGGCGACUUCUUUUUGACUGGCCACAUUCAAGCUCUUUUGAAGUGUAGACUGGUAUGCAGAGAAACAUGUUGCUGUUUACGGUUCAAAAUUGUAUGAUAUUACUGAAGAGAUUUGACAAUGCUACAAUUUGGAAAAUCAGUUUCUGCUGAAAUUUUUGGUUAUUCCUUGCUUUA